ACUUCUCACGCCGAUUGCCGCGAUUAUUCUUGACACUUGUACUAUAUACCAUGUCAACACCACAAGGCCCCGUCACCAUCAUUGGCGCUGGACCUGCUGGUCUAUGCCUCGCUCGAUAUCUCCAGCUUCACUCCGUGCCUUGCGUGGUCUAUGAGCGGGAAGAGUCUGCCGAGGCCAGGGGACAAGGCGGCACCCUGGAUCUGCAUGAGGAGAGUGGACUGUUGACCUUGAGGGAGAUUGGGCUUUUGGACGAUGCUAGAGCCAUGAUGAGGCCCGAAGGCGAGGCGAUGAGAGUGUUUGACAAGAGUGGAAAGGCAUGGAUUGACGAAUCUCCCGAGAAGAGCUCUUUUUUCCCUGAACGGCCAGAAAUUGACAGGGGCAUGCUACGUGAUCUUCUCCUCGGCUCUUUGGAACCGGGAACCAUCCAGUGGAACCAUGGCGUCGGCUCGACGAGAGUCAUCGAUAAUGAUACGUACGAAGUGACUUUUCUGGACGGCACCUCCAUUACCACCAACAUUCUCAUCGGCGCAGACGGCACAUUCUCCAGGGUGCGACCCCUCUUACACUCUACCAAGCCGACAUACAACGGUAUCAGUCUAUAUGACAUGCUCAUCCCCGAGUCUUCCAUGACUCCGUCCAUCAGAGAGUUUGUGGGGAGUGGCAUGUGCAUCGUGCUCGGGGACGGGAAAGCGUUCAUCCCCCAAAUGAACUCGGCGGGGAAGUGCAAGGUCUAUGCCGAGUUGAAAUGUGAUGAAAAGUGGCUCGAGCAGAACAAGCUGCCAGAGACUGGCAAGCGCGAAUGGAUCAACAAGCUGUAUCCGGGUUGGACAAAGGGGGUCGAGGAGUGCAUCAUGGCAGUGGAUGAGAGCACCAUCACACCGAGAAGGCUCUACGCUUUCGACUCAAAGUUCAGGUGGAGUUCAGAUCUGUCUGGAGUGACCAUCAUGGGUGACGCAGCACAUGCCAUGGCACCUUCAGGAGAGGGCGUCAAUCAGGCCAUGAAGGAUGCUCUGGAACUCGGACAAACCCUCGUAGCGGAGCUACACGCGCCCCCUCGCUUCGCCUCGCUUGCUCCUUUCCCCCUUUCGUUCUUGCCCGUCACUCAAACACCAUGCAAACCUCGAAUACGCCGGCCAGAUCCAAAACGGUUGCACAAAGCUAUACGAAGGUACGAACGGCGGAUGAUGGAACGUGUGGCACCGGAAAUGUGGACUUCGGAGGAGUUGUACAAGUGCUGGUUCGGCCCAGAUGCCGCGAAAACUUUCAAAGGCUUGUUCAAAUGGCUCAUGAUCUGGGGUGUAUGGGAUAUGGUGGUGGGCACCUUGUGGAGACCUUUGCGGGGUUUGUGGGCGUGAUCUGGUUGAGCGAUGAGCAAUCGAUAUCGAGAUGGGCUUUACAGCCGAGUAUACUGUUUCCAUGUGAUGCCUGCCAAACAUGCACGGAUGGCUGUCAGGUUGAACGUCUCAGCAUAGUCGUCGCUAUCCUAACUCCGUUCUCGUUUUAACCGAGGCGGAGGGGGAGGGGGAGGGAGCGGUGAGGGGAGGACGACUUGUCCUGCCAAAAAA